ACCGGUAUACUCUAUAUCGUAGGAAUAAGUUACGUAGAACGCUGUCAGAGCUUCCUUAGUACAAUAUUCUACCUAAUGAUGGCAAGAGCGACAAGAUUUAUGUGGCUGUUAUUUGCAGUGGCUGCAACAGCGCAGGCGAAACCAUUAAACCCAUCGAUCGACGAAUCUAUCAAUGAAAUUGAGCGUGAUAACACAAAUCUGCAAAAAAAUCCAUUUGGAUCAAAUAAACAACAGAAUUCUGCUUUGCCGACUAACGAAGCAUCAAUACAGGAAACCAUGCGAACUGAUGCUACAGACUCGGCAGUUGGUACCAUGAUCGAUACGACCAUACAAUCAUUUCAGGAAAACUCAACGAUAAAACCGGGUCCGUUCUCUUGGUUCCUGACACCACUGGUGCAGAAAAUCCAGUUCUCGCCACAAUCGUUCCUCAAUGAUCGUCUGCAGCUACUGAAAGAUGUGCUAAACACUCUAGGAAUCAACGUGCUACAAAACGUGACGGCGAAACAGCUAAGUGGAUCCAGCCUAUUGCAUUUCUUGGGUCCUAAUGAUUCUGGUUUCUACACGAACCGACUGGAACCGGCCGGUUUUCUGGGCGGUAACGGCUGGUUCGCCAACAAAGGCGGCAUUCUCGGCGGACCGGGGGCCAUACUCUCCACCGGCAGCCUUCUCACGGAUUAUCCGACUGCUUACAGAAGGAAAUAGAACGGCCUAUCGUUUAUUAAACGUGUGUAAAUAAUCGAAGAGCGAAAACUGUGCAAC